AUGUCGGCUCCCACCGGAAAGUUCAUGAUGUUCGUCACCAUCCAGGCCAAGGGCGCGGCCGAGGCAGACAAGAUUAUCGAGAUCCUUAAAAAGGUAGCUGCACGUGCCAACUCGGAUGAGGAACCCGACUGCCAUGGUUACAUUCCUGGCCGCAGCCGUGAUGAUCCCCACACCGUCAUCGUCUUUGAGCAAUACGACAACAAGGGCAGCGACGUUGCUACGCAGAAGCACAGAGCCGGCGAGGACUUCCAGGCGCUCAUGGGUCAGGCCAAGGACCUCACCACUUCGAUCGACAUGAAGUUCUUUGACUAUGUCUGA